GCAGGAACUCGCUCUCUUCUCUCGUUCUUAUCCAUCGCAUUGAAAAGCAGCACCAUCACAACCAUGUCUUCUCUUUCAUAAAUACUACACACACUAUGCACAUCUCAGCCAUGCCCACCUCCUUCCUUCAUCUCGGAUCUUCAAUUAGUUGACUCCUCUUUCCCUCUUUCAUCCCUCAGAUCUCAGCGAUGGAGCCUAUGGACAUCGUUGGCAAGGCCAAGGAAGACGCUUCUCUUCCUAAAGCAACAAUGACCAAAAUUAUUAAAGAGAUGUUGCCCCCUGAUGUGCGUGUCGCCAGAGAUGCCCAGGAUUUGUUGAUCGAGUGUUGCGUAGAGUUUAUAAACCUCAUCUCAUCCGAGUCCAAUGAAGUCUGUAACAAAGAGGAAAGAAGGACGAUUGCACCUGAGCAUGUGUUGAAGGCUUUGGGGGUUCUGGGAUUUGGCGAGUACAUUGAGGAAGUUUAUGCAGCAUAUGAGCAGCACAAGCUGGAGACAAUGCAAGACUCUUUAAAAGGUGCCAAGUGGAGCAACAGAGCUGAGAUGACUGAGGAAGAAGCAUUGGCUGAACAGCAAAGGAUGUUUGCAGAGGCACGAGCUAGAAUGAAUGGAGGAGCCAUUACUUCCAAACAGCCGGACGCUGACCAGAGUUUAGAGAGCUAACUUUAGGAUCUUUAUUUUCUUGAAUCAUAGGCAAGCAUCUCUGACUUUUUCCAGUGCGUUCAUUUAGCUCGAUUUUGCACAAAACCCAUUGACUAGUCUGCUGGCCUAUGUGGAUGUGCUCGCCAUUUGUGUUCUUUUAGUAAUCCAUAUUUGUAAGUUAAUGUAAUUACUGGAGUCCGUCUAGACCCUCUUCUAUUUAGAAUUACAUGUAAAUUAUUUCAUUUACUUGUUGUAUCUUCCACACUAAGAGUUCUUAAUUUUUACAAUAGUGACUAUAUUAGAUUGUUACAGUUUAUUAUAAUCUAUAUUAUAUUACCU